AUUUAACGGUGUUGAACCAUGUCAAAUCGCCAAAUGCCGAUGUUAUGCUGUUUUUUACUUAAAAAAAAAAAAAAGGCAAAGCAGCAAUAUAUAGUUUCGACGUAAUAUGGACGUGCCAUUAAAUUGAAUGAACUUCUGUACUGGGACACUGGUGAGAAAAUAAGCGCCAGAUUUCUUGAGCGAGGGGUGGAAGGCGUAGCACAGCCCUGAGCUCAAGCACACUGAAGGAGUUCCCUCGGCGGCUCCAGUCUUCGCUGAAGUUCUGGCCACGCCCUCGUUUUGCAGCCGCCGUAAAGUGCGACGCCCAUUUGGCGCUUCUUGUGACGCAGUCGCCCGGGGCUUUUUUUGCGCGGGAAAAGGGGGCAGCCUUGAGCUCUAGCCGGUGUCGCUGGGACGGGCAGCUUUUGCGGAGUUUGCCGCUCGUUCCCUAUCCCUGCCGGCUAUGGGGUUGCUGGAGCUGUGCGAGGAAGUGUUCGGUACCGCCGACCUUUACCGAGUGUUGGGCGUGCGGCGCGAGGCCUCGGAUGAUGAGGUCCGACGCGGCUACCACAAGGUGUCACUGCGGGUGCACCCGGACCGGGUCGGCGAGGACGACAAAGAGGACGCCACCCGCCGCUUCCAGAUCCUCGGGAAAAUUUAUUCUGUUUUGAGCGACAAAGAGCAGAGAGCAUUGUACGAUGAGCAGGGAACAGUGGACGAAGAUUCUGAUGUACUCAACCAAGAUCGGGACUGGGAGACGUAUUGGAGGUUACUUUUUAAAAAGAUAUCUCUAGAAGACAUUCAGGCUUUUGAAAAGACAUACAAAGGUUCCGAAGAAGAGCUGGCGGAUAUUAAACAGGCCUAUUUGGAUUUCAAGGGUGACAUGGAUCAGAUCAUGGAGUCUGUACUGUGUGUGCAGUACACAGAAGAACCCAGGAUAAGGAACAUUAUUCAGCAAGCUAUUGAUGCUGGAGAGAUCCCGUCCUAUAAUGCCUUUGUCAAAGAAUCGAAGCAAAAGAUGAAUGCAAGGAAAAGGAGGGAGCUCGGUGGAGAGCACUGUAAGAUUUUAGAUCUCUGGUGGGUACCUGAGAUGGGUGCUUUAUUUUGUAUGGCUCAAUUGAAGGUGGAGGCUCAGGAAGAGGCUAAAGAAGCAGAAAUAAGCAGGAAGGAGUUGGGCCUUGACGAAGGGGUAGAUAACUUGAAAGCGAUCAUUCAGAGCAGACAAAAGGAUCGGCAAAAAGAAAUGGACAAUUUUCUGGCUCAAAUGGAAGCAAAGUACUGCAAACCUAAACGAGGAGGGAAAAAAACGCCUCUCAAGAAAGAAAAGAAAUAAUGGAAUUUUCUCUUCAAAAGACCUUAGGUGUUAAUUGGUGCCAUUGUAGGCAAGGUACAGUUAAGAUUUGAAGACAAAAGUGAACCCUGCCCUUAAGAAUGGUGUCUUUCCAGCCUAAAUUAUUCAAAUCAACUCUGUAAACCAAGCAGAAUUUCUCAGCCUAAUUUUAGUAAUCCUAGAAAUCCCCUGACGUUCUUUGAGGCCCUGCAUGAAGGAAUUUGGUGAUUUUUGAGGAAAUGGGGGAGAGUGGUGUACUCUUGGCAGCGCUUGCCUCUGUGGAUCUUCUGUACAAGGAAUUCUUAUCUAGAAUGUGGGUCUGUCCCAUAUUGACUUCAGCAGUUGUCGUUUGCCACGCAGGAGUGUGCACACAGCCGCAGAGUAUUCAGAGUGAUGUGUGUGUUUAUUAAUAAGAAGAGUAACUCUACCUAGCUAGAACGCUUUCAGAACACUUGCUGGAUUUCUGUCUUUCAAAUAUUUGCCAGUUUGUUUUCAGGUUUAAUAUUCUUGAAUAGAUCUCUCUGCUUUUUGUUUUACUCAGCCGGGUUUUGUACUCUUUGCUUGAAGUAUAGGAGAAACAGAUGUUGAGAUUAUUUCAAGCAACUUUGUAAGACUUAUACAUGAUGAAAUAAACAAGUUAAAAAUGA